AAAGAAGGUGCAUCGACAUCUAGACACACACGACGCGAGAUUAGAAGCUUCCACGCGUAAACGUUAUUCUCUUCACAAUUCACUCACAUCUAUGAUCUAUCUAUGUGUGGAAGAAAGACGCUAUUAGUAUAAAAUUGUGUAACCGUUUUCUUCUCAAAUCUCAAUGCUUUGUACUUCAACUCGCUUCUUCCUCUUAACAACUUCUACUGCAAGAUUAGCCUUAGCUGCUCCUCUUUCUUCUUCUUCUUCUUCUUACUUCUUCUCCACCAAUAAUUAUUACAAUCCAAUCUCAUUCUCUUCUCUUCCAAACAAACCUAAACCUAAUUCUAAACCACUUCUUACAACUUCUACCUCUUUGUACUUUACUUUAAGAGCAGAUCACACCAUGGCUUCCCAAUCAAACCCCAAUUCAAUUCACGAUUUCACUGUUAAGGAUGCUAAGGGAAAUGAUGUUAAUCUUGGUGACUACAAAGGAAAGGUCCUUUUGAUUGUCAACGUUGCCUCACAGUGUGGCUUGACUAACUCAAAUUACACGGAGCUCAGUCAGUUGUAUGACAAAUACAAACAAAAAGGUCUGGAAAUUCUGGCAUUCCCGUGUAAUCAGUUUGGAGCACAGGAGCCUGGAUCUCUUGAAGAGAUACAAGACUUUGUCUGUACUCGCUUCAAAGCUGAGUUUCCUGUUUUUGACAAGGUUGAUGUGAAUGGUGACAGUGCUGCUCCAAUCUACAAGUAUCUUAAGUCAAGCAAAGGUGGUCUCUUUGGGGAUAACAUCAAAUGGAACUUCUCCAAGUUCCUUGUUGAUAAAAACGGGAAUGUUGUUGAACGUUAUGCACCCACAACUUCUCCUCUGAGCAUUGAGAAGGACUUACUGAAAUUGCUUGGGGCAUGAAUGAAGUUAUGAAUGGUUGGAACCUGGAAUAAAUGCAUAUGGAUGAAAUUAAUAAUUACUAUGUGAAUAAAGGAAUGCAUUGCAGAUGUUGAUGCAAAUGCAAUUUCCCCCUUUCUAAUACUUCCCAAACAGUGGUUUUUGUAUCUCUGAUCUUAGUUCAUCUUCAUGAGAUUGUGUACUUGACUUAUUACUCUUGUAUGAAUGAAUGUAAAUGAUUUACUUAAACUCCGGUUAGCCAUA